AUGUCGGCAGCGGCCGUGGCUCCCCGCGCGCCCGGCGCCGCCCGGAGGCUGUCGUCUCAGUCUCCGAAGCCACCCGGGUCCAGGGACAACAAGGAGCCUCCUCCCCAGCGCGAGGACGCUGCUGACAAGGCCGCUAGGAGGAGGCUGCUGCCGUCGUCGUCGGCCCCGUCCCCGUCCCCGACAACAAGGGGCGCCGCGGCGUCCAUGCUGCUGCGCCGCGCCGCAGGCGCCGCCGGUGGGCGGGGGAGCAGCAGCAGCUACGUGCACCCGUCGUCUUCGCUCAGCGUGUCGUGCGCGUCGGAGGCGUCCACCGAGUCCUUCUGCAGCCGGGCGUCCACGGGCCGGAUCGGCCGCCGCCCGGCGGCCCCGCCCGUGGGAGCUCCACGGCGGAGGGCGGCGGGCUCUGCCGGCCCUCCCUCCGCGCGGCCGGCGGCGUCCAGCAGGAAGGUUGCUAGUAGCAGCAGCGUCGUCGUGCCAGGCGGUGCAGCGGCGGCCACUGUUCAAGUUCAGGUGGUGGUGCCGCCGGUGGUGGGCUUGUUGAACGGAGAACCCACCGCGGCGUCAGUGGGGCCGCCGAGAUGCCCCUGGGUUACCCCUAACACUGAUCCCUGCUACGCUGCCUUCCAUGACCAAGAGUGGGGAGUUCCAGUACAUGACGACAAGAAACUGUUCGAAAUGCUGACUGUGUCUGGUGCACUGGCUGAGAUGGCAUGGCCUGCAAUUCUCAGCAAGAGGGACACCUUCAGGGAAGUGUUCAUGAACUUUGACCCUCAGUUGGUAGCAAAGCUGAACGAGAAGAAGUUCUUGGCGCCAUGCAGCCCUACUAGCUCCCUGCUGUCGCAACACAGGCUGCGCAUAAUCAUUGAAAACGCACGUGAGUUGCUGAAGGUCAUCGACGAGUUCGGAUCGUUCAACAGCUACUGCUGGAGCUUCAUGAGCAACAAGCCAAUGGUUGGCGGAUACCGGCACACGCGGGAGGUGCCGCUGCGGACAGCCAAGGCCGACGCCAUCAGCCAGGACCUGAUGCGGCGGGGGUUCCUCGGCGUCGGGCCGACGGUGGUGUACGCCUUCAUGCAGGCGGUCGGCAUGGCCAACGAUCACCUCGUUACCUGCUACCGCUUCGAGGAGUGCUGCGAUAUUGUUGAAUCUUCGGCGGCGUCUGAUGACUACGACGGUGACAAUGGCAAGAAGCCGCAGGCGGCGGCGAGCGACCAGGCCGGAGGUGAGCAUGCUGUGUGGGCUGGUGCAGUGCGUCGCCUUGGAGCCAUCGAGAGCCGCCACCGCCACUGCUAUCAGCAUCUCAUAGCAGGAAACUGCAGUUACCUGCAUGCUGGUGACUAA